UUUCACUCUUCUAUCUCUGUUUUUGUGUCUUUCAACUUUGAAAUCUUUCAGUGGGGAUUGUACCACACCUUCCAAUGGUGAUGGAAGGUUGACAAUUUGAAAUCACAUACUUUUCAAUCAUAUAUUGUAUAAUGUAGAAUGGGUGUAGAUUCACUGAGCAGAAAUGGUACUUAUGCUGCUAACCUUCACAGAAAAAAAACGGAAUGCUAGAUCGUCGAAAACAGGAAACACCCAACAGAAAGUAAGGGAUCAUCAGCACAACAGAAAGUGAUGUGAACAAACCACAGUGACCUCUGCUGGCACAAUUAGAGACCCUGGCUACAUUUUUAAUUUCAUUUACUAUGUUUACAUGUUUAUCUUUGAGCCAUACAAUUAUAUAUGUAUCAUUAUUAUAUCUUGAUAUAUAUUUAUUAAUAUAUAUGUGAGUCAUACAAAGGUAAUUCCAUAAGACCACAGUUUCAGCACCAUGGACAGCAUCGCACCUGACAUCAUUGUAUUUCGUGAACACCUCUGUGUUUGUCACAAUGUCAAUAUCCAAAUACCCUAUUUUAAAACGUUGUAUUAGUCAGAAUUCAUUUUACUGUCUAAAUGGAUUACCGGUUAAUUAUUAAUCUGGUAAUUAUUUAAAAGAACAUUUUCUUUCGAAAUUUAUCUGGAAAAGUUUUCCUCUUUCCUUAUGCAACGCAAAUAUUGAUGCUCAACAAGAAUAACACAAUUAGGUCGCCUUACUAAAUAUUUAUAAUGCGGCUUAAUCAUUGAAUAAGUUUAUCUAUGACGCUUGUUAAUGGGUCAUAUUCUUUAUUUUGUGUUUAUGUUUAUCUCUUUUAUAAUAAAUUCCAUUGCAUAGUGGGUUAUUGCAGCACUAAACAAUUACUGUUUCUGGUGCUCAAAUGCUGUUUUUUGCAAAAGAGUCAACCCACUUUUCAUAGGGGCAAAUCUACAACAGUAUGCAUAAAGAAAUAAUCCACUCAAAGAUGGUAUAUACAAUAUACAUAAUUUGAGGCUGAAUGCUUUGCGCCUAACUAAAUUAUAACUAUACCAAUUAUGAAUCAUCCUACUGAGAUUUUAAAUCCUAUUUUUUCUAACUGCAUAAGCUAACAGAACUCAUCGAAAUUGUGUCCAUGUAAAAUAAACAAAUAAACAUUUAAAUCAUUAGGCGUAUUGUUUGUGCUUUAUUUCUUACCUUAACGACAAUGUGGAGGAAUUUUGUAAUGUUAUUUGCCGACCUGGACGUUUUUGUCCAUCAGACCAUUCGCAAUUUCAAAAUAAAAGUCCAAAUGCGAUAAUUUGACAAUUGAUUAGUCCUAAUAUUUUAUUCAUAUUGACCAUAACAUAUGCACCACUAAAAGUCUUAACGUCCAGACAAUGUUAUAUUCUACUGUUAAUAAAGAUGGAAGUGUACUACUGUGUAAAUGCUCUGAGGGCCGCUGUUGAUACGUCAUUGAAUAGCAGCGAAAAUAAUCAGCGCAGUGGUCCUCCUCUUGAACUCCUUUUAGAGCUUCACUGUUGAGACAGACGACAGUCUGCUUGCCAUCGGAAGAUACAUAUUUCUUGUGGAUUCUCCUUUUUUUCGGAUGUAUUGUUUUAUGAGCGUUUGUUUUUAUUCUGAAGGAACAUUUUCGACAUAUGUUUUGCCUUGAGGAUGGCUUGUAUGUGGAUAAGCGCUGUGAGAGGCCGAUGGCGCACACUGUUUGUCAUUCUUUGUUUCUGUGAGCUGAGCCCAGUGACUGGACAGGCUCGCUAUUCCAUACCGGAGGAGCAAGCAGAAGGCUCUUUUGUUGGAAACAUUGCGAGAGAUUUGGGCUUGGAUGUGGCCAGACUAGUAGCAGGUAAAGCUCGUAUUAUCACGAAAGGAGGCCGUCAGUAUGUUGAUUUAAAGCGGGACAAAGGCACACUUGUUAUUAAAGAGCGCAUCGACCGAGAAGAGCUUUGUGGAAAGACGACGCCCUGCAGCUUCAGUUUCGACAUCAUUUUAGAAAAUCCAAUCCAGCUUUAUCGUGUAACAGUGGAGGUCACAGACAUUAAUGACAACAGCCCCUCUUUCCCACAACAUGAAAUUAAUUUGAAAAUUGCUGAAAGUGUCGCAGUUGGAACUCGUUUUUCUCUCGAGAAUGCAGAUGACCCGGAUGUUGGCAUUAAUGAAAUUCAGAAAUAUACUAUUAAACCUUCAGAUAAUUUUAAAUUAGAAGUACAGAACGUAUUACCUGGAAAAAAUGUCAUAGAAAUGAUUUUGCAGAAGCCUUUAGACAGAGAGAAAGAGGAGACUCACACUCUCAUGCUGAUUGCUUCAGAUGGCGGUGAGCCACAUAGAUCAGGGACGGUGAGAAUUCAAAUCACUGUGCUGGAUGCAAACGAUAACGCACCAGUGUGCAGCCAGCCUGUUUAUAAGGUAGAUGUUCGAGAAAAUUCACCUGCAGGAACGUUGAUCACUACUGUUAGUGCAAACGACGCUGAUGCAGGCCUCUACGGUGACGUCACCUACUCCACUCGUGCCACCAGAAAGGCAGAUCAGCUUUUUGAUGUCAAUGUUAAAACAGGAGAUAUUAAAAUAAAAGGUAAAUUAGAUUUUGAAAAAUCAAAGAUUUAUGAGUUAAACGUCCAUGCAAGUGAUCAUGGAGGUUAUUCAGAUACAUGUAAAGUCAUUGUUAAUAUAAUUGAUGAGAAUGACAAUGUCCCUACAAUAGAACUUAUGUCAUUUUCUCAAUCCAUAUUAGAGGAUUCUCCCCCAGGUACAACUGUAGCUGUUUUUAAUGUGAAUGAUGAAGACUCUGAUGGCAACGGUGUUGUCAUGUGCUCCAUUAACUCUGACGUCCCUUUCAAAAUUGAGUCUUCAUUAACAGGUUAUUACACCAUAGUGACAGACAACUACUUAGACAGAGAAAGUGUUCCUGAAUAUAAUGUUACCAUAACAGUGUCUGACCAAGGCUCUCCUCCUCUGUCUACUAGUAAAAACAUCAACAUUAAAAUAUCUGACGUGAAUGACAGCCCACCCAAAUUCCAUCAGUCAGAAUACAGUAAGACUGUACCAGAGAACAACUCUCCUGGUUUUUCAGUGUUUACUGUCAGUGCUAGUGAUGCAGACUGGGGCCAGAAUGCUCGAGUGUCUUACUUCCUGGAGGAGAAAGAGAUUAAUGGAGUAGCUGUGUCUUCCUUUGUCUCAGUCAAUUCAGAAAAUGGUGUCAUCCACGCAGUCCGAUCCUUUGAUUAUGAACAAAUCAAGUCCUUUGUCUUUAAUGUUACUGCCCGCGAUGCUGGAUCUCCUCCUCUGAGUUCUGUGGCCACGGUUUGCGUCUUGAUCCAGGACCAGAACGACAACGCUCCUCAGGUGCUGUACCCGGUCCAGACAGGUGGUUCUGUGCUGGCUGAAAUGGUUCCUCGCUCAGCAGAUGUGGGCUAUCUGGUGACUAAAGUGGUGGCUGUUGAUGUGGACUCUGGACAGAACGCCUGGCUCUCCUAUAAAGUGCACAAAGCCACAGACAGGGCGCUGUUUGAAGUGGGCCUACACAAUGGAGAAAUAAGAACUGUCCGCCAAGUCACUGAUAAAGAUGCUGUCAAGCAAAGACUGACUGUUCUAGUGGAGGACAACGGGCAGCCCUCUCGUUCAGCUACAGUCAUUGUUAACGUGGCGGUGGCAGACAGCUUCCCUGAAGUGCUGUCAGAGUUCACUGACUUUAGCAUGCAUGACAAGGAGUACAAUGACAAGCUGACUUUUUACUUAGUCUUGGCUUUGGCUGUGGUGUCCUUCCUCUUCAUCACCUGCUUGCUGCUUAUCAUAUCAGUCAAAGUGUACAGGUGGAGACAGUCUCGCAUCCUGUACCACUCCAACCUCCCUGUCAUUCCAUAUUAUCCACCACGUUACUCAGACACUUUGGGGACAGGGACUCUCCAGCACGUGUACAAUUACGAGGUGUGCAGGACCACUGACUCCAGAAAAGGUGACAUGAAGAAUAUGCAAGACAUGAGUCAAAGUUUAGUGAGUGUGGAUGGAGCUGAUGCUGAUACGCCGCAUGCGACCAACCAGCUGUCAGGAAACUGUUCACAGAUGUCAACUUUGGUAAGAAAGUGUUUCUCUAUACUUCUCACAUAAACCAGUACAGAAACAGCACUUUGAUCAUUUAACAUAUAUUAUAGACACUUGUUCACCAAAUUUGCAAUUAUUUGUUCACAUUUUCCACUUUGGCUGACACAUCUGUUCACAUGUUGCACUACACUAAAAACACACAUUUUUACAUUGUUUGUUGUCUUACUGCCCAAACUGUCAUGUAAUUUAACUUAGACUAUAAUACAUGAUCAAACAUACAUUUACUAUAUAUAUCAUUUGUCCUAAAUAGUUAUUUGUUGUGUUUUACGUUGGUCACUUUAAAGGUAGUCAAAUAUUACAUCUAGCUCUCCUCACAGUUUGAAGGCAUCAGAGAAAAAGUAACUGUGCAGAACUGGAGUUUGUACUGUGGUCUCAGAGUCCUGGCUGUCAAAUAAC